AUAUCAAAUUCCAAUAGCCCAGUUGUAAACGACACUUCCGUGUCCAUAUUUCUCACCAAAACGACCCCACUUCUCACACUGAGUACAAAUCAAGUCUCAACCCUCGCACCCCAAGUUCCUGUCUCUUCCAUUUCAUAGCUCCUCCCCCAAUCGUUUCGUUUCGUUGACUCGCGAAUCGAUGCAAACCUUCAAGAUCGCUGAAACUUUAGCUUCGUUUUCUUCACUAUAAGAUCUACUUGAUUCUCUACCUCAACCUCUCGAUUCGAAGCUCAAAUCAAUCUACUCGAUUCCUCUUCAGAUCUGAGUCGAUUGGUUUUCAAUUUUCUUGAAAUGUCGGAUUUAACGAAGGAUUUAUCAAAAGAUUUAUCGAAAGGUGAUUCGGUUCAAAUCAGAGAGGUUUGGAACGAUAAUCUCGAAGAGGAAUUUGCUUUGAUCCGUGAAAUCGUUGAUGAUUUUAACUAUGUAGCUAUGGAUACAGAGUUUCCAGGUGUUGUUCUUCGUCCUGUAGGGGUUUUCAAACAUAUCAAUGAUUUUAACUACCAGACUUUGAAGGAUAACGUUGAUAUGUUGAAGCUGAUUCAGUUAGGUUUAACUUUCUCUGAUGAGAAUGGGAAGUUACCUACUUGUGGCACUGGAAAUCCUUGCAUCUGGCAAUUUAAUUUCCGUGAGUUUAACGUCACCGAAGAUAUAUUCGCUGCUGAUUCGGUCGAGCUUUUGCAUCAAUGUGGAAUUGAUUUCACUAAGAACAGCGAGCAAGGGAUCGACGUGAACCGAUUCGGCGAGCUUCUUAUGUCGUCUGGGGUUGUGUUAAACGAUAACAUGCAAUGGGUUACUUUCCAUAGUGGAUAUGAUUUUGGUUAUCUGCUGAAGCUUUUGACUUGCAGAACUUUGCCAGAUACGCAAACAGGGUUCUUCGAUUUGAUCAACAUUUAUUUUCCGAUGCUUUAUGAUAUCAAACAUUUGAUGAAAUUCUGUAACAGUCUUCAUGGUGGUUUGAACAAGCUUGCAGAGUUGUUGGAAGUUGAAAGGAUUGGUGUUUGCCAUCAAGCAGGAUCGGAUAGUUUACUCACUGCUUGUGCAUUUAGAAAAUUGAGGGAUACGUUCUUCAAUGGCGAAACAGAGAAAUACUCUGGUGUGUUGUAUGGAUUAGGUGUUGAGACAGACUAAUUGAAAGAAAGAAAAGUAUAAUUGGUUGUAGAUUACAGUAUCUCUUAUGUGUUGUGAGUCUUUUUUUACUUGUGUACACUUCUACCAGAAAGAUAUGGUUGUUGUUUACUUGUAACAUUUUCAUCAUCUUUGCUUGAAUUGUAACUCAAAAGUCUUAGCUUGUUUUGUUAGCUUGAGUUCUUUGUAAAUCACUUCAGUUUAGUGUUUCAACAAUAAUAAUUUAUCAUGAUUCCUUUA